UUUGGCUAUGGAGGCACCUGAAUUCUCACACACAUACACCCAGCCAACCGAGGAGACGUCGGAGAAGCUAUUCCAGAAGCGGCGUUGCUGUUUUUGCUUUCCGUCGUCGUCUGGAAGCGGCGGCUUGAAAUGGUGGCGUAAGGAACAGACUGAACAAGUGAAAGAAGGUUCUGUUUGGGCUAAAGGGAUUAACGCUUUAAUGAAGCUACGAGAGUGGUCGGAGAUUGUAGCGGGACCGAGAUGGAAAACUUUUAUCCGGCGUUUCAAUCGGAACAAAAAUGGUGCGCAGGGGAAAUUCCAGUACGAUCCUCUCAGUUAUGCGUUAAACUUCGACGAAGGUAAUAAUAACGGAGAGGAGGAUGAGUACGGGCUCCGGGAUUUCUCGACGCGCUACGCUUCAAUUCCGGCGUCGGCUAGAGGGUCCUUGGAUUUGGGCAGGGAUGGACCUAACUUCGUCUGAUUGGCCCUUUGAAUG